AUUCUAUUGCUUGGCACCUAAUCAUUGGAAGUUCAGUUGACAUUUGCUUCCAUGACUGUAACAUUAACUCUUUGCCAUGCAACGUAGAGAGCGUCUGCCAUGUAUAUUUACAGCUCUUGCCACGCGUUGCUGCAAACCCUUUUACUUAACUCCCUUAACAUCGUUUCCUCUAAACUUUUGUUCUCUGAUUUUCUCCUCUCCGUCUUUGUCUUAAUUUAAUCUCUUUCAAUGGCAAGCGUGUCCACCGUCAUGAAUGAACAUACCCUCCAGAAAGACACCAUCACCACCACCGUUGAGGACUCCAACCCAAAACCAAUGAAUUCCAAUAAAGCCAGUUCCACCACCACCAUUGUCCUGAUCUCCACCGAUAGUACCAAUGGAGUUGUUGAGACUGAAAACACUAGUUCUGCUGUGGUUACAGCGGCGUCAGACAGCUGUGAUACCAAUUGCAAAGGCAUUGUUGGUCUGGAAGGCAAAAGGGCUGCAAAAUGCAUUGGGAGAAACAACAAAGGAGUGUCGUGGGGAUUCUGCUUGGAGCAAGGAAGGCGAUCGACAAUGGAGGAUGCAACGGCGGUUCAUCCAGCGUUUAUGGAGGUUUGUUGCAAGGAUGUUGGUGGCUGUACAGCACCCGAGUAUAAAUACUCCUUGGAGAAAUCGCCGGUGCAUUUCUUUGGCAUAUUUGAUGGGCAUGGAGGUGACCAGGUGAGUAACUAUUGUGCAAGUGAGCUUUGUGAAAUUGUGGCAGAGGAGUGGAAAAGAGGAAACACUUUAGAUGGAUGGAGUAAGAGGUGGGAGGUUGCGCUGUGCAAGGCUUUUGAGAGGGCUGACAAUACCUUCAAAGAUGAGGUAUUAGCACCCAAGUAUGUUGGGUCGACUGCUUUGGUACUGAUUAUCUCGGCCUGCCAGAUAAUUGCUGCUAAUUGUGGUGACUCUAGAGCUGUACUUUGUCGUGGGGCACGAGCAAUCCCAUUGACAGUUGACCACAAGCUUGACCGUGCAGAUGAGAUAGAAAGGAUCACUAGUAGUGGAGGUAGAAUUCUAAACUGGGGCUGUUUAAGGGUGGAGGGAGUUCUUUCCAUGUCAAGAGCAAUAGGUGAUCAUGAUUUGAAACCAUGGGUAAUUUCAGUGCCUGAAGUUACUUUCACGACUAGGACUGAGGAAGAUGAAUGCUUGAUUUUGGCAAGUGAUGGACUCUGGGAUGUUUUAUCCAACGAAGAGGUUGUAAAGCUAGCUCGCAAAGAAUUGAGACAGCGACGGAGGCUUGUUGGGGUUAAUGAUAGUGCAUUCCCGCCAGCUUGGUAUGUUUCUCAGCAGGUUGUUAAGCAAGCUCUUGAUGCAUGUAGCUAUGAUAACGUGUCCAUCAUUGUUGUUGACCUGAAAAUUCCAAGGAUAAGGCAUUAGAAAAAGCUUUGAAAGGUUUGUUAAGAGGAUCAUGUCUCAUUCAGUUUAUUUGGAUAAAAUUUUUGCGGACGGGAGCCAAAAGAAGCUAGCCUUAUAGUGGGGCUCGCUACUUUCAGUAAUUGAAAUAGAGAGAUUCUAAAGAAGAUGGGUAGAAUUGAUUCUGCAACAAGAAUAUCUAUGGAAAGGUUAGUGAGAAAGCAGCCACAAAGUUAACUUCUGUAUGAUUGCAUCAAUGCCCACAAGUUAGGAUUAUUCCAUUAAGCACAUUCUUGAAGAAGAAAAAAAGGGAUAUUUUUCAAGAAGCAGACAGCUAAUUCCUUUGACAUGGCCAUCCUUUGCCAACCAAUUCCCUUUACAGGCAUUGGCAUGGCAAAACAUGUUCUUUUCUUGUCAUUGAAUCUACCAGCUCUAAUUUUUCAGCAAGAACCAUUUCUUGUAAAAAUCUAAGAGGAGACCAGAGAUUUGAACCUUUGGAGCUUACCCCACCCAUUUAGGAGUAAUAAUCACUGCAGGACUAGACCUGGAUUGUUUACAUAAACUUCAUUGUUGAUGAAAAAACAGUUUUGACCCUCAGGCACUUAGCUGCUAAAAUCUUUUGAUAGUUGCAUUGAUGUAGAUCCGAUAUCAAUUCCUGUUUUGGAAGUGAAGUGUGCAUUAGUCUAUGUCUUAACCAUAACUCUGGUAAAACAUUAUCAGGAAAUAUCUGUGACAAUGUGGACAAAGAAACAUUCUUUUCUUGUAUCUCUAUGGAACUUCCUGGAUCUGAAUUUGCUGUUGUUAGAUGGUUUCAGACAAGGAACAUCUAGAAGCUACUUUUUCCCCAUACCUUCCUUCAUGGGAAGCCAUAAGGUAUUUAGACCAAUCUAAGUACCAGAAGAAUUCUGUUCUUUUUCAGGAUUCUAAUAUAAUUACAAUGUCCUUGGAAACCAUAAUACUGGAGUAUUGUCAAAUUUUUCAUCUUUUCUUUUCUUGUUGAUAAUAGAAUAAAUGAAAUUCUUCUAGAAAAAGGAAUAAGUAAAGGAAGAUGUUAUCCAAAUAAGUAAAGGAAGAUAUUAUCAAUCUUUGCUUUCAUAAAGAUCUUGGCAAAGGUUGGUUCAAGCAAGUUAUAUCAGUCCAAUUCAUGGUGAAAAUAUGUUCACAGGAUACUGA